CAUUUUACUCGUCUCUGCUAAACCCCAAAAUGUUGUUUUGAAAUUUCUUGCCAUCGAAGGUACCUUCUUUCUUCACCAUCAAUUAAAACCUUUUUUUUCUUCUUCUUUUUCGAUUAAUUUAUCCAUCAACUCUCCCAUUUCCUCCCACGAAAAUCCUCUAUUUUGCAUUUUCCCCAAAAAAUUAUCGGCAUGCGUGGUGAAAACUCUUUAGCUAUAGUGACAGCACCAUCUGCGGCGGCGGAGACGGGAGGUUCAGCGACGGCCUUAGCACCUGGGUUUCGAUUCCACCCAACAGAUGAAGAGUUGGUUAGCUAUUACUUGAAAAGAAAAGUUACAAACAAGCCUGUCAGAUUUAACGCUAUUGCAGAAGUUGAUAUUUACAAGCACGAGCCUUGGGACCUUUCAGACAAGUCAAGAUUGAAAACCAGAGACCAGGAGUGGUAUUUUUUUAGUUUAUUGGACAAGAAGUAUGGGAAUGGAGGAAGAAUGAAUAGGGCCACAAACCAAGGGUAUUGGAAGGCCACGGGGAAGGACCGAGAGGUCCGCCACAAUGAUCAGCUUAUGGGGAUGAAAAAGACACUAGUAUUCCAUAAUGGGAGAGCUCCAGAUGGGUUGCGAACCAAUUGGGUUAUGCACGAGUAUCGACUUGUUGAAGAAGAAUUAGAAAGAAUUGGGACAUUGCAGGGGUAUGUGCUAUGUAGAGUAUUUCAUAAGAAUAACAUUGGACCACCCAAUGGAAACCGAUAUGCCCCUUUCAUUGAGGCAGAAUGGGAUGAUGGUUCAGCAGUUUUAGUUCCAGGAAUAGAUAUUGGGGAUGAUGGUGUAGCUUCUGAGAAGGCACUGGUUGAAAGCAAUGGUGUUCAAAGAAGUGGUUUUGAGCAGGAGAUUCAAAAUGCAGAUGAGGAAGCUCCAGCUAAUGAUAAAGUUCGGAGGGAGUUACUGAAUGAGAGAACAUAUGACUGUCCUCCAUUACCUCCGGGCAAGAUUGAGAGACUAGAUAAUGGCCCUCCUCUAUGCUUGAUUAAUAGAGAAGCACCCUUGCCUCUAAUCCAUUACAAGAGAAGACGCCAGAAUGAUUCAGGACCUAGCCAUGCAAAUAUUUCCGAGAACUCAACAAGAACAACUCAGGAUCAUUGUUCAUCUACAACAACAGCAGGGACAACCACAGCAUCACCAUCAUCGGAUACAACAACAGCAGUUUCUGCACUGUUGGAAUUUUCUUUAAUGGAAUCUAUAGAACCCAAAAAGAAGAAGCCUCAUGUUCCUCCACCAAUAUAUGAAACUGCUAACCUAGAUUCAAUGGUGCCUCCUGGCUGCAUGAAACUUAUCACUGACUUGCAGAAUGAAAUCCGCAAGAUUUCUGCAGAGAGGGAGACGUUGAAGCUUGAAAUGAUGAGUGCUCAAGCUAUGAUUAACAUUCUCCAGUCAAAAGUAGAUUUUCUUAGCAAGGAAAAUGAGGAUCUAAAGAGAAACAACCGUGAACUCAGGGGUGGUUCAGUUGGCUCAUGCAGCCAUCCUUAGGAGGCCAACCCCAAAGAGGAACUUAAGUACUGGUACUUUUAUCUGUUUUUCUUACUGUUCUCCAAUGACAUUGUAUUAGCAUUUGGUUUGUUGUUGAACAGUGUUGUAGCUUUGCUGCUUAUUUAUGCCUUGUUCAUCUAGUUGAUGUUAUAAUUCGAAAUGUAGGAAAUUUUCCUUCUCAACUAAUAGAGAUGGAUGAUUCCCUUGAUUUUUAGUGAUUUCAUCUAUUUUAGCUAA